GUCAAAGCUUGAAAAAGGAGAGAGAGAGAGAGAGAGAGAGAGAGAGCUGAGAUAGAAAAACACAAUUAAGACUCGAGGGAAGAGGAAAAACGAAAUUAAACCCUCUCGCCACAAUCCUCGAAGAAGAAGAAGAAGAAGAAGAAGAAGAAGAAGAGGAAGGAAAUGAACAACAACGAGAAUUCAAUCUCUUUUUCUGUGCUAAUUAGUGAAUAGGAUAUACUCCCACUCUCUCUCUCUCUCUCUCUCUCUCUAACUCUUUUUUUUUUCUCUGUAUUUUAUCACUUCCUCUUUCUAUUCUAUCGCUUUCUCUCUCUACAACUGUUUCUCGUAAUCGCUAAUGGAACCUUUGGAUAUGGCGCUCUCGAUUAUAGAGCUUCGUAAAGGUUUUGGCUGAUAUGCUCUGCAAUAUUGCUACUUUGUAACCAUUAGAAGUUAUUUUGUGCUAGUAGAAACUGUUUUUUCUUAUCUAUCUACUAUUUGAACAAGGAAGAGAAAAAGAAUGAGCUUUUUGGGAAAAGGGAUUCCUACCGGUGACAGAGAUCACAGUUCAGCCAAGGCAACAACUUUGAAUCCAAAUGCAGCAGAAUUUAUUCCUUUUGCACUAAGAUCACCCUCUGGCAAUACUAGCAAUACGGAUGCAUCAAAGUUUGCUGAUGUGAACACAAGCACACUAGGGAAAUCUGUAUUAGAUAGAUCGGAAUCAUCUGUUUCAAAUAACUCCGAUGAUGAAGUGCGCCGCUACUGGCGUUGCCGGCUCCCUGAUGACAUUACAACUGAUUUUGAGGUCAUGGGAGAAGAUGAUGACCAUGGGAUCAGUAGUCUUCCUUUUUCCAAUUUGUCAUUAACUGAUAUCACUAAUACUUCAAGGUUCCCUACCUCAACAGGCAGUGCUUUUAUGUUGAAAGAACAGCAGCGGUUAUCCCCAAACCAAAUUAAUGGUACUAGCUUUGAUGAAAAGACAAGCUAUCUUGCUUCACGCUUUGCUGAAGAUGCAUCCUCAACGAGUUUCCAUCUUUUGCCUGGUAAUCAUUGGGAGAAGCAACAUCUGAACAAUAACGAGUUUCUUGCUAAUGUUAGAGAGGCACCUCCUUAUGAUGUGAACUCGAGACAUGAAUUCCUUACUGAUGUAAUAAAUGAACAACAGUUUGUAGAGGAUAUAGGCAUAAACCCUGUUGAGUUUUUGGCUUCAAAAUUCCCUGGUUUUGCAGCUGAAAGUCUUGCUGAGGUGUACUAUGCCAAUGGAGGUGACUUGAAUCUGACUGUUGAGAUGCUUUCUCAACUUGAGCAACAAGUUGAUUCUGAGUUGAACCAGAAUCUGAAUUCCAAGGCUGUGCCUGCUCCAAAUCUUAGUGCACUGGAUUUCCCAGCUCUUUCUGUAGCAGAUAAUGAAAACAGCCUACUGACCUACUCUGGAGAUGAUCUCCAACAGGAGUUUAGUCCCUACAGGGAAUCUGGAAAGGAUAGCACCCUUGCAUUCAAAUCUGGCUCUUCCUUACCCUACAGAGGUACUCUGGAUUUUGCAUCUGCUGUCAAAAAGAUGGCAUCUCAAGACUCUAGCAUGUGGAAGUAUGACAAACAUGGAUCCAAUGAUGCCAGAGUUGGAUCAAGUAGAAAUUCACAUGUGCUGGCUAGUCCUUACAAUGGUAGCCAAAGUAGGGCAGUCUAUGGUGAUAGGUUGCACAGCCGGGGGUCAACUCGUGCAGCUCCUGCCUGGCUUGAAACUGGAGAGGCAGUUGCAAAUAUGUAUUCUGAAAUGCGGGAAGAAGCUCGUGACCAUGCACGUCUGCGCAAUGCAUACUUUGAACAGGCUCGUCAGGCAUACCUUAGUGGUCAGAAGGCUUUAGCUAAAGAAUUGAGUGAAAAAGGGCAGCUGCACAAUAUGAAAAUGAAGGAUGCUCACGGCAGAGCUCAGGAAUCUAUAUUCCGCGUAAGGAAUCAAGAGGUGUCAACCAAUGGCAGAGGACAGGAAAGAAUUAUUGACCUGCAUGGACUUCAUGUUUCAGAAGGUAUUCAAGUCCUUAAGCGCGAGCUAGCUGUUUUGAGAAACGCAGCAAGAUCAGCAGAUCAGCGGCUGCAGGUAUUCAUUUGUGUCGGGACAGGGCAUCACACCAAGGGUUCAAGGACUCCAGCUAGACUUCCAACUGCCAUCCAACGCUACCUCCUCGAGGAGGAAGGCCUUGACUACUCCGAACCACAACCAGGGCUUCUCCGAGUUGUGGUAUACUAAGUCAAGAAGGUAUAGAAGUUUUUAACACAGUACACCCUUGAAAUGUGUUAUAUUUGUGGUAUCUGUAUAUGGAAAAGUGUAGUGCAACUUCACGGAGUAGGGAGGAAAAGAAAAAGAAAAAAAAAAUCUGCGACAAGGGGCAGAGAUUUGUAUCAGUAAGGUUUAGUUGUUUGAUAGUGGGAUAUGGGAGGAGGGUGUAUCAGUCCCAUGCUAGUUUUGUUACGUUAAUUUUGUCUAAAUUGCCCAAUGUAACUGAUAAAAUUCAUUUAUUUGAUAGAUCAGUAAAA